AUGAAGUGGGUGCAGCGCGCGCUGGACAAGGCGCAGCUGAGCUUCGGCAGCUCCAAGGAGGAUAUCGUUCCGCACAUCAGCGACCGCACCAUCACUUUGUCGCCCUGCUUCUCUGGGGUCGGAGCCCCGGAGACCGCGGCUGGAGUCAUCGAGAAGGGCAUCGCGCAGUUCCUGGUCGCUCUCGGGUCCGACGCCAAGACGCUGAAGUUCAAUGGCAUCUACGGAGUAGAAGUCAAUAGGAAGGCCACUCAGGAGCUGAAGGCUUCGCCUUGCGACAUGUGCAAUAUAUUCGGCGAGAUAUCUCAAUUCUGUCCAGAGGCAGUGCGGAAGGCGUUCGGCAUGGACAACGGUGCCCAGGUGAGCAACGCCAAGUUGCGCAAGUUGCCGCGCGAGCACGAGCCCGUUCUCCGUUGUUGGUGCGUGCGUUGCGGCAAGCACUGCGAGAUGGCGACAACAGCGAUUCACAACGCGGGCAGCCACUGCACCAUGCAUUCGUCAUACGGCCAGCACAUGCUCGAGCAAGGCAAAGCGAUGACAUAUUUUUACCUUAGGUGCUGUUCGCGCCGUCGGCUCCAAGAGCCAAUCGUGGUGCACGAGAACGUAAAGCAGUUCGGAUCCCGCCUCCUCAACGAGGAACUCGGAGAGUUGUACCACGUGAUCCACGAGGUACACAAUGUGCAAGAUAUGGGCUGGGCUGGGCGUCGAUCGUGGCUUCACCCGCUGAUCGCAGAGAUGGGGUACGUCGGCAGCUAUUCCACGUUCAGCAUCCGCUCUUUCCUUCAGAUGAGCGUCGACUUUAAUUGGCUCUUCCUUCGCAAGGCUGAGUUCACUUGGUCGGGCUACUUGAUUGCAGACCCGUCGGACAUCGCAAGGGCGCUCGCGCGGUCUCACGGGCGACCAUCGAGCAAGGAGCGCCGCGCGCUGGAGUCCGAGGUCGCAGAGAUCGAGGCGCGCGGCGAGAACCCUCGGGACUACAUCGGCGCCGACUACGACAGCUUCGUCAAGUGCGAGGACACCCCCGGGACGCCAAGGGCGUCGCUCGGCCUCUGGGAACGUGGCAACUUGAAGUACGCUGAGGCACAGUGGCCUGGGUCAGCCGUGGAUCUGGAUCAGAAUCCACGCAAGCGGGUGAUGCGUACGAUCGGCGGGGUCAGGAAUACGAUCAUCAGCAACGUUGGCUUCCAGUGCAUCACGAGGGGCCCCACGGACGCGGACCUGACGCACGCUGGCAUCGACGGGUGGAUCACCGCACCCGAGUUCUUCACCGCCAUGGGCUUCCCUGUGUGCAAAGAGGACCAGGACGCCACGGGGGGCGCGGUGUGCCA